GUAGAGUGGAGAGGGCAGCUAGUCGGGAACGUCAGGAUAGGGAUAGGAUGGGGAUUGGUUUACCGUGAUUUAUUACAGGUGUGAUUUGUGUUGUGUUUAUAUAGUUUAUCAAUGAAAACACUUCUUAUUUUAUUUUCUAAAGACAGUACUAAAACAAGAAACCUGCAUAUACACGGACGGUGCACUGUCAACAGUUUCGAGAAGCCCGGGGUUUGGUCAUGUGAAUUUGUGUCAAUUAUUUGCUGAGUCUGAUCGAGGCUUCCAUCAUUUUUAAGAUCAAAUAAAUAAGUUCCUGUAACGCCGUCCAUCGCGGCUUUAAAUUAAACAAGCAUGUGUUUAUGAGUGGAGCACGGGAGAUGGGGGGCGCGCGGUUCGUCGCGUGCGCUCUGCUGCUGCUCUGUCCGCUGGCCCUGACUCGUCACGACGAGGACUUCGCCUUCGACAACAGCGAGGAGUUCCAGGUUGAACUAACAGCAAACCAUUCAGAAAUAGCGAAAAAUGGCCUAAAAAGGUUGUGGGGUGUUCCUGACACAUCGGCCUACGUGGGACACUUGUUCCGAAUGGAAAUACCCAAACAGGCAUUCACCGGCGACGUGCUAGCGUAUAAGGUUCACAGCGAAGAUGGCCGCCGCACGCCAAGCUGGCUGGCCGUGGACUCGAGACACGGGCUGAUCAGCGGCGUACCGCAACCGCAGGACCUCGGCCCACACACCUUCACCGUUACCGCGCACGGUCGGACCCGCGGGCUCAGCGCUACGGACUCGUUCACUAUCGAGGUGAAGAAAUCGGAAGAAAAACCCCACUCCAGAUACGGGUCUUGCGUGGGCUCCGAAAACCGCCUAGUGCUCGCGGUGCUGGUGGACGGCGCCUUCCAGAACAUCUCGCCUCGGCAGCGGAUACGCGCGCUCAUGGAACUCGCCAGCUUCAUGGCCCUAGACUGGGACGAGUUCUGGAUCGAGCCGUACAAGCCGGAAACGGCGCGGACGCAGUCGGUGCUGAUGAGCGGCGCCGGCUCCGCCUCGCGCAGGCACGGCGACGCCACCACUGCCAUCAGCUUGAAUGUGGGCUGCGGCGAGAAGCUAUGGAGCCGGCAUAAGGUGCUGGUGGCAGGUCUACGCGAGCAGUCCCGCGACGGCACGUUGGCGCACCUGCUGCGGCUGCCCGUUAUCGGCUGGCGGCUGACGGCCGUCAAGCCCGUGCCCCGGCUCAAGAGACAGUCACCCCAAGACCUGGACGACGGCUCGGGAGCCGGCUACGACAACUACGACGACGAGGAGGACGCGGGCGACUACAGCGGCUACGACGACGCCGACGACGACGACAUUUACAAGGACGUCGACCCGCCCGCCGGGCCCGAGAUGCUGGAACCUAAAGUGAAAAUCACUCCGUACGGCGCCGAAACAGCAUCGGAAGCCAGUAUUGUCAGCUAUUCCGCCGUACCGGCGACAAAUUCCAGGACCUUCGACCAUGACCAUGUCAUCAUAGUGCCCGGUGACGAUGCCACCACCACCGAAGCCGAAACGCAGACCGUUAUAAUUCGCGCGUCCAACGAGCCCUCUUCCACCGAGCCGCCACCCUCUUCCACCACGCCCGAGGCCACAGCACCCACACCGGCUACCACGUCGUCGACAACCACAACGACGUCGACAACUGAGGCGCCGACCACCACGUCGACCACGUCAACGACGUCGACAACGUCAACGACGACAGAGGCCGCGCUGCCUGUGACCGAAAUUACUGAAGUCACGAAGGAGGAAUCAGUGACACCAUCGGAACGAUCGAGCACAAUCUUCGGCCGAACCACUGAGACUGUGACGUUCCCAAUACCUGUGACCAAGAAACCGCCGUCGCUCAAACACCACAUGAAGAAGGUCGCCACUGCCGCUGGGAAAGCAUUUAGAUAUGUGAUCCCCGCGAACCUAUUCACGGACCCGGAGGACGACAACAACCUGACGUACAGCAUGUACAUGAAGGAGGGCACCAAGCUCGGCAAGAACUCCUGGAUACAGUUCCUGCCUUCCAAACUGGAGGUGUAUGCAUUGCCCUUAGAAGCGCACGUGUCUCGCUGGAACUUCGUGAUCGAAGCACAGGAUAGCGAGGGCCGCACGGCUCAGGGACCGCUCGAUAUCACCGUCCAACAGCACAAAGCCGCCCGGACCAUCAACCACCAAUUCGUCAUGCACUUCAAGCUGAACAAGACCUUCACUUACGACUUGGACUGGCAGAUCCGCGCGCUCGAAGGCAUCGUCAACCUUCUGGCCACAGAUAUGCACCACAUUACCGUGCUGAAUGUGUCGCAGAGCGGGGACGUUUGCGAGUUCGUGUGGACCAACGAUACGUUGCCCAAGGAGACUGCGUGUCCUAUGGAUGAUAUCAAGAGACUGAUGCAGAUAAUGGAGACGAGCCCCGAAUCUCACUUGCCGUCCCAGCGCCUGCUGGACGUGAUGUCGCCCGAGCUCACUGUGCUGGACGUGGCGUGGCGCGGCGCCGGGCGCUGCGCGGGCGCCGGCCUCGCGCCCACCCCGGCCACGCGAGCGCCCGACACCUACCCGCCCGUCACGCGCAACCAGGUCGACAUGCUGCGCGCCACCGUCGGACAUCUGCUGCUCUACAAGGUGCCCGAGGACACCUUCUUCGACCCCGAGGACGGUGGAACGCGCAACCUGGCCUUGUCUCUCCGCUACCAGGACCGCAGCGAGCUGCCCGCGCCGCACUGGCUGCAGUUCGACGCGCGCAACCAGGAGUUCUACGGCCUGCCUUCAGCUGCCGACGUCGGCACCGUCCACUACCAACUGAUCGCUGAAGACUCGAGCAAGAAGAGCGCGUACGACAGCCUGAUAGUGGAAGUGAUGAAGGCGCCCGCCAUCAAGCCGACCGUCGAGUUCCAGAUGACGCUCGACUACGACUUCGACCAGCUCGCGCACAGCGCCAACAACAAGCGGAAGAUCGUCGAGAAACUCGCCGCGCUCUUCGGCGAUAAGGACACCAGCAACAUUAGGAUUCGGAAUAUUACCGAUCAUCCGCAUGCUAGCACUACUAUUAUUUGGUACAACACCAGCUUACCAAUGGACAGCUGUCCAAAAGACAAAAUCGAAACGCUCCGCAAAAUGAUAAUCGCCGACGACGGCGCCCUAAAAGACAUCGUCGACACCGUGUUCGACAAGGAGAAAGUCAUGUCGAUAACCCUAAUCCCGCUAGGGUUGUGCGGCGACCAGAAUACGAAGAUCGUGAAGCCGCCGCCGCCGCCGCCGCCGGGCGGGUCGCCGACCCUGCACGCCGGCAAGCCUGGUGCGGCGGCCGAGGCCGGCUACACGGAGUACCUGGUCACCUUCGUCAUACCCGCUGUGGUCAUCGUCUGCAUGCUGCUCGUGGCCGGCAUCAUCGCAUGCGUGCUCUAUAGGAGGCGACGAACCGGAAAAAUGAGCGUCGGCGACGAGGAGGAGCGGCAGGCGUUCCGCUCGAAGGGCAUCCCGGUGAUCUUCCAGGACGAGCUGGACGAGCGCGGCGACGCCGAGCCCGUGCACAAGAGCCCCGUCAUCAUGCGCGAGGAGAAGCCCCCCCUGCUCCCGCCCGCGCCCGACUACCGCGGCGACGACGCGCCCUACCGCCCGCCGCCGCCCUUCGCCGCCUCCCGCACCCCCCCCAGGCCCAAGGCCACGCCCACCUACAGGAAGCCUCCCCCGUACGUCCCGCCUUAAUUCGCCUUUCACCUCUCGAGCCCGAGUUCAUCGCUAGGACUAACAUUUUCGUUCGGAAUCAGCUUUACUAGUCGACGAUAUCCAAAUUUUUUUCCUAUUUAUUUCUUUCGCCCUUCGACGCGAUCGCGAUGUUCGGGUCGAUUCACGAGCGCUGGCGCGAAUGAAUGAGUGAAUGAAUACAGGUGUCCCUGAUACGACUCGUACGGUGAAAGUUUCGUUCGUUCCAUUCGUGCCAGCUUUCGUGAAUCGACCUAUAGUUGUGGACGAAAUGCAUUUAUUACAAAAUUAUUGAUAAGUAGGGUUAGCCUCGUAUCGUCGAAACAAGGAAUUGCACCGUUAACGUUUAGCCGCGAAUUUCUUCGUCGUAAUUUAAGUCGCGAAACAGAAUUGUGAAGUUUUUAUACAUAUUUGGUGACUUCGCGAAACAAUAAUUAAGUGUUAUUGUUGAAGUAGAUGACGUUGUUAGCUCUUAGCGUAGGAGGAGCUCUGUCACUAAUGAUAUCGCGUCUAGUGCAACGAUUUGUGAGUGCUAACCUAUUAGGUGAUUGUAAACCUAAAUACUUACAUAAUAAGGUUCCAUUUUGAAUGUUUUCUAGUAAUUUCGACGCGAAGUCAUUUCAUAAGUCUAUUUGCUCUUACAUUUUGUUGCCUAGACAUGAGAUGGGACUUCUGUAUGCGUCACAUGAAGUAUACUAUAUAACAUAUGCACCGCAACAGUAGUGAGUUUUGGCGUGAAGCGUGCCAUUUCGAACAUGUGACAUUUAAAGUAAAACAUAUCGACAACUGUAAUGUAACAUGUUAGCCUUUAGCGUAGUUCUUCCAUACACGAUAUUUUGUAACAAUAUUAUGUAAGUAGUGUGUGCAUGCGACGUCGUGAUAUGGGGUGUGAGGCGCGUACACCUACAGUAGUUAACUGUCAUAAAGAUGUAUACAAUUUUUAGCCUUAUUUCGUUGAUAUAUGGUGCAAAACUGUAUAAAUAUUUAUGAUAUUGACUGUAGUGUCGGGCUAGUUCGAAUCGAAUCCUAACUUCGCCGUCGGAACGAAGUCCUCUGCGGCGGCAACUGUUAAUUACAAUUAACGUUAUUGUAUUAAUAAAAAUAUACAACCGACUUUAAUCCUAGGCUACGAAUAGAUAUUUUUAAGGAUAAAAUAUCAUUUUGUACUUGUCUAAUUAUUACCAUAGGGUAUAAGGUUAACAAAUGUGUAAACGAUAUAGACUAUGAACGAAAUGAGCUAUAUAAAUAACUUUCCUUUGGAUGUAUUUUUUUCUACUGUACUCAUUUAGAGUUUGCAUUUAUAGAUCUUUUUAGUGUUAUUAUUAUACAAUUUUAUAUGACAGCGAGGUUUUUUUUUCCUUUCUUUAUAUUCGUUUCUUAAUAGGUGUACUUAAUUGUGUCCGUUAACAAAUACCGAACCAUUACUGUCAUAUGAUAGACUUAAUGUUGAUCGAUAUAUACGCACAUAAUCGUAAGUUAUUCGAGUUUUUGAGUUUGUAUAAAUACGUCAAAAAUUUGAUUCCUGAUUCUGUCAAAGACCAUUUAUAUUAUAUGUGCUUUGUAACAGAGUUAAGAAUUUAUUGACAAAGGGAUUUAAUUUUUGCGAUAAUUUAUUCUCAAGGUUACUUAUGGCGAAACUCCGUGAAAUAGUAUCGUGUCUGUGUAUGUAAUCUGCAAUCUAGUCCAGACAGCUAUAAACCAAGAAGUGAUUUGACAUACUUACAAUAAGAAAUAAUAAGACAACGGAGUUUUCUUCAUAAAAAAUACCUAACAAAUGUUUGUAUUUGACAGGUUUUUUACUUGGAAAUAAAAUAAAAUGGUCUAGUAAA